CGCGACAUGUUUUCUCUUCCCAGCAGGCUGCGCGGCGCACUUGUCUUCUUCAUGUUGUCUCAGGUGCUGUCUCGAGGUUUCUGCCAGGGUGUGGCGGAAGUGAACAGCAGGUCUUAUCCGACCUUUGGCUCACUUUUACGGGCUUUUACAACCUCGAGUCCAAAAUGCGGAGAAGCAAUCAACAACGCUUCAGUGGUGACCUACGUGCAGCUGAAGACCAUGCUGUCCAACCGAGACAUUCAGCUGUUCGAUGUGAGAAACCCUGAUGAAUACCAGGCUGGACGCAUCCCAGAUGCUGUCAACAUCCCACUGGACAACCUGGAGGAGAGCCUGAAGCUGUCCCCAGAGCUCUUUCAGCAGAGAUUUGAAGUGAAGGCUCCUGGGAGAGAUGACGACAACAUCGUGUUUCACUGCCAAAGAGGCAACAGGAGCUCCAAAGCGCUGGACAUCGCCUGUCAGCUGGGAUUCAGCAGGGCGAGACAUUAUAAAGGAGGGUACAGCGAGUGGGAAGAAAAAGAAGGAAAAUGAAGCCCCGGGUUCAAUUCUGCACUUCAAUUCAAUCAUUUUUAUUUAAAAUACAGCUAAUAUAAAAACAAAAUAUAAAUGAGAGAUGCCAGUCGCUCUUUAGCUACAUUCAGUUGACUGUUACAAUUUACAUACUUAAUUCAUAUUAACUGUUACUUUAAAGAUUUAACUUCUUUGCCAUGUUACAUUGUUUUAGCUGCUAACCAGACUUUGUCUUGAAGGUUUUGCAAAUGCUGUGUAUCCUUUCUAUUCUGUGAUUCAUGACAAACUGAUUGUGAAAAUGCUAGGCCUUGAUUAAAUUAUAAACAAAUUUCAA